CGCUUCAACAUGGCAGAACCACAUCAAUCAGAAUGAUGAUCUUAUUUUUUUCUUUUCUUUUUUUUUGUUUCUAAGGGGCUUCAUCGAGAGAUUUGUCAGUCGCGGGGAAGAGUGUUGUUGCUGCUGUUGUAUCUGCUGCACGUGGCUUGAUGCGCAAUGACUGGCUGAUGCCGAUCUGAGUGAGGGGCUGUACCAACGUGGCUGGCGUGACAACUCGACUUGGCAGUGCCGAUUUCUUGAGACUACUACCGCUGAUAGCAGAUGCAUACAUUUUAGACACAACUUCGGCGUGAUACCAAGAAAAAAGUUAAAGUACCUGGACUCGUGGAACCGCUUGAGCUCCUUGGUGACGGGUGUGGAGAAGAGAUCAACCUCGCAAUCCGUCGGAUCUUGUGGCCGCAUCUUGCGCUUCUGGCUCGGACUGCUAUCCACCAGCACUGAAUUGAGCAUACCACGUCGGUUAAACCUUUUUGAACAUUACCCCUGAUCAAGUUAUGAGCAAUUGCAGCAGCGUACGGCAAGGAACGGAUGAUCUUAAGGCUGACAAUUUACUGUGAGUGCCUCGUCGUGCUCCCUCUGGAGUUUCGUACAGCACGAUGCCUGCUCGAAUAGCGUUGGCUUUCUGUGAAGAAGACGUGGUAGUCUGUAAUGAAGAGGUCGAGAAAUCAACGGACACGGAGGGUAGCAAGGUGGGUGCAGCACUUCUCGUCGUGGUGUUCUGUACGUUGCUGUUAUUUGAAUCUGUGUGCUGUUCAUCAGCCGAAACAGGCACCACAUGCGCUCCAAGAUGGCCUGGGGGAGGACACUGGUACUCGACUUCCCACCACGGCACGACGUCGCUGCUGCAGCUGCUGGACGUCGACGCCGGCGUCGACUGCCUCGUAGAGGAAACCACAUCUCCACUGGUAGCACAGUCGGCGUCGAUCUUCAAGGACAAACGCGAUUUCCCCGAGGCGAAUCCUUUCCUGGAUCGUUGCGGACGAGAUCCCAGACUUCGGUUCGGUGGGGCGGUGAUCGUGGUGGAAGGCACGACUAGCAAGGACUCGCUGUCUACACUAGCGAGGCCUUCGCUGCGGUUUGAGGGGCUGUCGGGGCCUUUGGUGCUAUCCAUCAUGGGCGCUAGUGUGUGGGGCGAAGAAGAUCGAUCUGUCUUAUGCCUGAUGACGCCCCAAGAAGAUAGAGAGCCGGCCGUCGCCCCAAGAGGAUCCUCGAGAGCGGCGGCGGCGUUCUAGGGGCCGCUGGCAGCAGUUGUGCCGGUCUGAGCGGCCGUGACAUGGAACGGUUUCGUAGGUUCUAUACCUCCCUCUGUAACUGGAGGCUUUCGAAAGCGAGGACGACGACGCUAAACUUAUCCGAUGCUGCAUUACAUGCAGUAAAUCCUCGUCCUCUACCUGUCCUUGACUUAUGUUCCUACAGAAGUUGCUGGAUCCGGAAGAUGAACAGCGACGGCGUAUCCGACGUGCUCGGAUCGUGCGUCGCAACCGAAUCAAGCGUGAGGUCGCCAAAGGUCUGCCUGUUCGCAAGCCACGACUGCCUCGCGCCCUCAACUUGGACAGCGAAGCGGAGACCGAGGAAUGGAGUGAGCCCAAGUCACCAUUCCGACCCACGUUCGGUGGCAAUUUGGACGGUUCGGAACAGCAACAGCAAGCGGUGAAUCCGCUUCGUAUUGCAGCACAGCAGUCGGCAAAGUCAUUGUUAUCAUCUGCGGCUACCAAGUCACUUGUGCCAAGACCAUUUGAUACAAAUGCGUUGCCAAUUUUGCCCGAGUCGGUGCCUGCAGGUAGCCACAAAAGGAUUUCUCAGCAUAUCAGAGCCAAGUGGCAAGAAGUUUACCAGCAGGUUGUUUUCAACCGUCACGAAGAAAUUUUGACAAAAGAUCCGAAUCGAAAGUGGCGGCAAGAACGUUUUGGAUUAUUACUUUUCGCGAAGGGUGAAUAUGCUCGAGCUAGUGAACAUUUGAGUAAGGCCCUCAGUCUCGGAGCCACGUCGAGUCUCUGUUGGCGACGACUUGCCGAAAGCUACUAUCACAUGUGGCAGGACGGUGGAGAGUGGGAAAUACUUUGGGCUUGUCGUGCUGCGUAUGAACAAGCUCUCACCCACGUUGCAGUUGCAUGCAGCCCAGUCGCCUUGUUCGCGUACGCAAAAGUUCUUGAAUCUUUGGGCAGCUUCACAGGCGCAUUGACAAUCUGUGCGUCGAUUCUCCAGACUUUUCCGAACUUUGACCAGCUACGAGAAGUCAAACUUCGCUUCGUUCUUCUCCAACGUUAUCAACUCUUCUCACCAAUGGAUCCUGCUCUAAAGCUUCCAGUACUAACGAAAUGCAUCGGAUACACCCAGGAAUUGUUGUUAGAUAAAGUUAUCACUGAGGUAAGUCUAAUACCCCUGUGUUAGCAUUUUGUAACGUGUAACACAAAUUCCACGUCUUUAGGGACCACGAUAUAUCACCGUGAUGUACUUGCACACGCGGUUAAACGAAAUGCUACAAGACCUCUCGACGCCUUCUCCAGUAAUAUCGAAGCCAAAGCAAGGCCACAUUAAUGUCGAUGUUUUGUUUCAAGAGCUUUACAAAUUGGCCAAGAAAACCUCCGAAGUUACUCCUCCAUCUGGCAUUAAGUGGAAGGCAUGGAUGACCCGUAGUGAGACGUAUACAAUAUUUGCAGAGUAUUUUCGAUCGCAGGGCGAAAGCAUUCUCGCAUCUGACGCGUUAUCUCGCUCGCUCGAGCUAUUAGAAGAAAGCGAAAGCUCUCAGAAGCCAGCAAAUCUAUGGAGGGGUUUGACGAAAGAGCAGCGACAAAAACGUGUUGCAUUGUACGUUGUGCUUGCACGCAACUACUACCAGUGCAACCAAAUGGAGAAGGCAAUUCGAUCCAUGGAGGCUGUGUUUGACCUUGAUCCUCUUCAUGCCGAAGCCCGCGCAUGUCUGGUGGAAUGGUUUCCUACAAAGUGGCAAUACCGACUUGAGCUGGAAGAUGCUAGUCAGGUGCAAAUUGCUCGAGUGAUUCGAGGUAUUUGGGGCCGAAAGAUAGCGCUUAUACGUCGCCGGGGGGUGAAGCGAGUAGCCGAGCAACGGUAUCGAGAAAAUCCUUAUCAUCUGGGCUGUCGACGACAGGUUCUUCGUCUGCUUCGAGACAAAUACGCAUCAUUAUUUGCAGCUCAGGAGAUGGCAGCUCGGCGUAUUCAGCGUCGUACAUAUCGAUAUCUCCACUACGCGCGAGUGAGAUGGAAGCUAGAAGACCAACGUGAGAAAACUCUCCAUGAUCUUAAAAGCAAACACCAGACACGGAAGUAUCGCUACAACCGCCAAGUUCGCAGUCAACUGGCAGCUUUACUCCCUAAUGAGUACGAGCAUCGCUUCUUUCGAGAAGAUUGCGCAGCUCUGCGCAUUCAGAGAUGUUUCCGAGGCAACAGAACUCGGAAAGUAUUCUGUCGUCUUCGAGAUACUCGGAGACAACACAUCCUACGCCAGCACGACGCAGCACAGCGAAUUCAACGCUUUUUCCAUCGAUUCUGUUGGCCAACUAACUCUUCUCCACCAGUGGACGAUCUUCUCUUUCGUGCACAACAAAAACUAGUUCGUGAUAGGGAACGCCUUGCAGCGAUGCUCCUGCGUUUCUAUCGUCGUUGGAAAAGUGCAAACACGCAAAGGCAAUCGGUAUUGCUGUAUGCAUUCCAAGCUGAGGCCACCGAACAGCACCGGAUUAUUGUCGAAAACUCCAGUGCUCUGAAGAUUCAGCGCUUGUGGCGUUGGUACACAGCCAGAAAAGUGUUAGUUGAUGGGACCAGUAGCCAAGCCCAAGUAUUUCUCGUCGAGCACUUAUUCUCCGCACAAAGACGACAGACUACGUUUGAGGUAGAUCUCAGCCGUGCAGCACGGAAGAUCCAAGCGGUAUAUCGCGGUAAACGCAUACGAAGGUUCUUGCGGAUACUACGUGCCAGAACCGCAGCACUACCAUGUGCUAGUCCAAUUGGCGUGUUGAUCAGUAAAUGCGAAGUGAAUCAUCAAAAAGGGACGGAGACGAUGGCAAAUCUCUACGCGAUCGACAGUCGGGACGAGAAACGCUCGCUGUUCGAUCAUCCUGUUUUAGUGUUUCGUGGAUCUCAUGUACCACCACGACCCAAUUCUCCAUCGGGAGGUGAAAGCUUCUCGUUACAGCACGUGAUUUCUGCGAUUCAGUACAGUUCUGUGUUAAAGUCUCUGAUCUGUGCAAGUGGCGACUUCAAAGGUGAUCGAAUCCUGAAGUUCCUCCAGGCUCUUCAAUCUAGGAGGACCUUGAGGAUACUGGCGUUGGGCGACAUCAGCAUUGGAGAGAAAAGAUCCACGAAUCAAGCUCCUGACAUAAUCCAUGACAAGGAUAUUGACGAAAGAAGUACACAUACGCCACCCUCUCCACUCGGACGACAGCUAUUAGUGUUGGCCCCACCGUCUUCUCCAGUUCCUCAUCAACAGCGUCAUCUUAGUCCCAUGCAACUUCUCUCCAAGUCUGUGUGUACAUCGAAUUUCCUGCUUGAGGAGUUGUAUCUGGAACGUAAUGAGCUACUUAGAAAGCCUCAAGAAGGUGCUAUCGUUGCUAGGAUAGUAGCCGACUACUUUUUCGCGAGAUAUGGCCACCUCCACACGCUGGUUAUCGCCCACAUGCAUUUUUCAGAUACCAACGGUGCACUUCUCGGUGCUGCAUUGGCAAUCAACACUGUACUACAGAGACUGGAUCUUCAUGGAAAUUUACUCUGCGAUGGAGCUGCCAUUGCAAUUGCAAACGAUGGACUCACACACAACAAAACACUCCAAUAUUUGAACUUGGCCGAGAACAGAAUCGGCAGCGCUGGAGGGAAAGCACUUCUCAGAUGCUUGAACACCAGCAACCGAUCGCUACAAACGCUCAUUCUGCGCAAUAACUACCUGACAGACGACGUUGUAUCGGUGUUGGUUGAAAUAUGGCAAGUCAACGCGGUGAUUGAGAGUAUUGAACUAUCAGGGAACCUCAUCAACGACGGAUUCUUAACGGAGAUACACGCUGCUGUUGUUGAACGGCGGGAAGCUGCACCAUCAGCGGACAACCAGGAGCUGCGUCUUCUGUUCGCCCGCAAGCGCUUCGGUAUUCGCGACGUUCGCUCUCCUAUAAGUCGAAGAGGAGUCGGCUUCAAUCCACUCAUAUCACCUGGAAAGAGUCGGAAUACCAGGAAGAAGAAAUGUACUCCUCUGUCUCCAAAGAAGUGGCUUAGUGCCAACACGCCCAAGCUCAUAUCACCAAUCGCCUUCCCAACGUCGACAAGACAAACAAGUGAUGUGUUUCCUACCACAGCAUUUGCUUAUGCCUCUCCUGUUCGACCACGUAAACUGAUGAAGGAGAUGCCAUUGUCACCUGCUCGGUUGUCAAAACUCCCAGCAUUGUCAGCUUCACUUGAAAAGAAGCGAAUGGCUUGGUAAGCCUGCAAUAAGUGCGUUUAUAAGGCUAACAGAGCGAUAUAUAGCCGAGUAAGCUGUGAUAACAAUAAAACACUACUCCUUGUUGGCAGUAGACUCCUACAACUUCAAUAGGUGGAGCCUGCGGCGAUCGUGCCGACUCUCAUGACGAAGGUGCCCAUGAGGAUGAACCCGUUCUGGAACACGAUCGCAGCUCCAGGCCACGCUGACUCGUGGAACUCGUUGUUGACAUAAGUGUGUGUGAAUAUCAGUACCGACCCCACCAGUGCCGCCACCGACAGCGCCAUGCAGAACACCACGAAGCACCUGCCAUCAGCAGCAACAAAAAAUAUUCAUAAGAAAGAAAAUUACUAUUUUCUUGACACUAUUGACCAGUAUUUGCUGACCGAGCUCGAGUGGCCACCUCAGAGCCGUAGGCGAAGCGUGCAUCCUCCGAUAGCAUGCCCCAGUCCACCGUGUUCACCCUGGAGCAACAACAAAGAGUUAAAAAG